ACACUACCUUUGGUUUUUGUUGCUUGUUAAAAUAUAAGGUAUUAUAUUUAACUAGCUCACUUGAAUAUCACAUGAAUUCGGGAAUACUACUGGCUCCUGUUUUUUGAAAUAAUAAAAUAAUUAAAAUGGCCGAUAAAUAUAAAAAGUUGACCCAGCAAUUCCUCUGCUGCUAUCCGGUCAAUAAAAUGGAUUGGUCAUUGCUCCAAUUGCCAUUGGAUUUGACAGAGCAAAAGGCUGUAUUGGAUGCCACCUGCAAGCAUCGUUUGAACCGAAAGUAUCCAGUGCGUUGGAGCUAUCAAGAAGCAUUUCUCAAAAAACUUUUGGUGAUGCUCAAAGGUCACGAAGAGGUGCACGACGAACUGUUCACCACUCUUUUAGUAGACGCACCGGAGAACAUCUCUCCGUAUGCAUAUAAGCACUACAUAGUGCGACCUGAUUGCAAGAUCGUGCUAAAAGAGUCGAUCAGUUUUGUUAGCGAGGGGACCACAGGUCUAUGUACAUGGGAGGCAUCUCUGGCCUUGGCAGAUUAUUUGCUGGAACACCCCGAUUUGGUGAAAGACAAGAAUAUUUUGGAAUUGGGAGCCGGUACUGGACUGUUGGGCGUUUUAUUAAAACAACCAUCGUUAGCUUUGGGCGUACGUCGGGUGAUCAUGACAGACGGCAGUCCUUCAUGUGUUAGGCUUAUGCGCCACAAUAUAAGAAUUAAUUUUCCAAAUGCAAAGUCCAAAGAGGAAAUAGAGAUUCCUCACUGUGAGCAGCUAUUAUGGGAGACCGUUGAAGAAUUCGGUUACGAUGACGAAGAUGCAAUUAAUCUGGUCUUAGCCGCUGACGUGGUUUACGACAAUUCCGUAUUUAAUUCCUUACUCCGGACUUUUGAAUAUUUCUACUUAAAAAGCAAUUUAAAGUUGCAUAUUCUUUUGGCAAGCACUGUACGAAAUAUAGAGACAUUGCAAAAAUUUUCAGAGCAACUACAACUCUAUGAUUACCAGGUAACCCCCUGCGCCAAUGUGCCAACAUCCUCAAGUCAUUUUUGUCGUGAUAGUACCGCUGCUGUGCAGAUAAUAUCCAUCAAAGGACGAGAUCAGACUUGAAUCCACCUCAUUCGAUGCAUUAAAAUGCAUUUGUAGAUUGUAAAUUCUUUUUUUACGAUGGACGUCUUUCAAACUUAACACAUAACUCCGUUUUUUUUUUUUGUUAAUUGAUUCGUUGGACACAAAUGAUUUCCACAUUUAGCCACUAUUACCCAUACAUAUUUGCAUUUUGUUUAACAUUUUCAUCAUUAAAUUCUUUGUUAAACACAUAUUAGAAAUUUAUUUUGAAUGUGGUGCCUAAAAUGUUAUACGAUUUGAAAUCAAAGACAUAAAUUAAAUUCAUAUAUUGUAAAAGUCUAAAAAGAUUUAGACGUUAGCAUUUAUACAUAUAUACAUAUAUAGCCCCUCGAACCGUUUAAUUAAUGCAUUGAUAUGAAUUCGUGAUUGUAUUAGUUGAUACGCAUAGUUGUAUAUAGUAGAUAACCCGUCUGUUGAUAGAGAAUGCAUUGCAUAUAUGUAAGUAGAACCUACUUUAUGGAAUUUGCCUGUGAUUCAUUCAUAUUACCAUGAAGCUAAGGAUUAAAAUCAAUCUAUUAAUAAAAAGAGAGGCAACUUUUUUGAGUAGAAGAAUAAAUCUAAUUGCAUAUUUAUAUAUUGUA